AUGAGCAAGCGCAAUCAGGUGUCCUACGUGCGGCCAGCAGAGCCAGCCUUCCUAUCCCGUUUUAAGGCGCGAGUCGGCUACAGGGAAGGUCCCACCUUAGAGACCAAGAGAAUCCAGCCUCAGCUCCCAGAAGAAGAUGGUGAUCACAGUGACAAAGAUGAUGAACAGCCCCAAGUGGUGGUUUUAAGAAAAGGAGACUUGUCUGUUGAAGAAGUCAUGAAAAUUAAAGCAGAGAUAAAGGCAGCCAAAGAGGAUGAAGAGCCAGUUCCAGCCGAUGGAAGAAUCAUGUAUCGAAAACCAGUCAAGCGUCCCUCUGAUGAAAAAUAUUCAGGAUUAACAGCAAGUUCAAAAAAGAAGAAGACAAAUGAAGAUGAAAUAAAUAAGCAGGACUCAUUUAAAAAGAACUCACAAAAGCAAAUUAAAAAUAGUAGCCUCCUGUCUUUUGGCAAUGAAGAUGAAAAUGAAUAA